ACAUCCGUGUCCUUUCGUAAACGCGCGUGUGUACGCGUGCCAGCGCUGGAAAGAUGGCGGCCUGUGCGUUGCGCCGAGGUCUGUUGAACUCUGUCAGUAAAUACAACAAGAAGCACACACAGAGGAUACUGAGUGUCGUUGACAGCAGCAGCAGCGGCGUGUUCGAGUUGAACAGACCACGGUUACCAUGCCGAGCCUGCGGACUGGCCGGCGGAGUCCAGCAGAGGAGGUUCAUGUCGUCACGGAACAGGCCCGAAGGGAAAAUUUUGGAGACCGUGGGAGUGUUUGAGGCUGUGAAGCAGCACGGCAAAUAUGAAACAGGACAGCUGUUUCUCCACAGUGUGUUUGGCUACAGAGGCAUUGUCUUGUUCCCCUGGCACGCCCGACUUUACGACAGAGACAUCACCCCUCCCAUGUCUGACAGCAAACCUGAGCCACCAGGAGCCCACGGUUCCAAGGAGGUGAAGGGGAAGACCCACACCUACUACCAAGUCCUGAUUGACACCAGAGACUGCCCUCACAUAUCUCAGAGGUCCCAGACAGAGGCAGUGACGUUUCUGGCCAACCAUGAUGACAGCAGAGCCCUCUACGCCAUCCCAGGUCUGGACUAUGUGAGCCAUGAAGACAUCUUGCCCUAUAACUCUGCAGAGCAGGCCCCCAUCCAGCACGAGCUGUUCGAGCGCUUCCUCCUGUACAACCCUGCCAAAUCUCCUCCGUUCACAGCCAGAGAUACCCUGAAGGCUUGGCAGGAGAAGAACCACCCAUGGCUGGAGCUGUCAGACGUCCACAGGGAGACCACCGAGAACAUCCGAGUCACCGUCAUCCCCUUCUACAUGGGCAUGCGGGAGGCCCAGAACUCCCACGUUUACUGGUGGCGGUACUGUAUCCGUCUGGAGAACAUGGGCAACGAGGUGGUUCAGCUGAGAGAGAGGCACUGGAGGAUCUUCAGCCUGUCAGGAACCCUGGAGACAGUCAGAGGACGAGGAGUCGUAGGCAGAGAGCCGGUGUUGUCUAAAGAGCAGCCGGCCUUUCAGUACAGCAGCCACGUCUCUCUACAAGCCCCCAGUGGUCACAUGUGGGGGACGUUCCGUAUCGAAAGGACCGACGGCUCCCACUUUGACGUUCGCAUUCCUCCUUUCUCCCUGGAGAGCAACAAAGACGACAAAGCGCCCCCUGCUGGCUACACAUUCUAACUGCAAUGGGUCGCAUCGCACCUGUGAGGCCCCCGCAUACGCCGUCAAUCCUGGCCCUGUCUAGAAUUGUCCUCCCUCUGUAACGUUACCUCAGCCUUCAGCAUAAGUAAGGUUAUGCACAGGGAGAAUAUAGCAUUGUCUAGGUUAUCCAAAUGCAGACCUACUUCGCUCUUUUCCUGUCAGAGUGCACCCAACAGCAAUAUCGAUUUUAUGGAGUAAAUCAUAUAGGGUAGAACACCGAUCAGUCGUCAGUCCUGUGCGUCUUCACUCAGUAGUGUGUUUGAAGAGACGUGCAUUGGGAGGUAAAGAGGGGAGUUAAUGUUGAGUAGCUGAGUUCAUACUGAGGCCAGCCACUUGAACCACAUGUUACAAACUUCUCCUUCCUACGCAGUGUUCUUGUUUGAAUUUCUGAAAACAUGACUCAUGACUUUUAUCCUGGACUCUGUUUUCUGUCAUGUUUUUUUUAACUCUAAUACCACCUUAUUGCAGUACAGUUAUCUCACACCUCUAUGGGUCUGUGUUGAGAGGGAAAUCAGAUUGAAUUCUAGGCCGGUUACAGUUAAGUAUUUAUUUUUUCCCCGUUUUGUUUCAUUUUAUUAUUUUUUGUUCAAGGUUGAAGCCCAGUGGAUGGAGUUGGGGUCUACUUGACGUCAAGGGAAAAAGACUCUUAAUAUCAAAAUUAAACCAAAUCUAAAAAACACAUCACAAUGAAUUAUAUGAACAUGCCCUACAUAUUUUAGAAGAUGCACUUUUGGCAGCAUUUUUAGUCUCCUACAGUCUGUGCAGAGACGGCUCUUUCAGCUUUAUGCAUCUGGAAACUGCAAUGUUAACCCAUUCUUAAGUGCUCAGCCUCGGCCAUAUCCUUAAAAUGUUUAUAUGACAGAGAGAGCUGUACUGUGAGUUAUGGUCUGUCUUGAAGGUGUCUUUUUCUGAGACAUGGAUCUGUUUACCCUAAAAUCAUACUGAUAAUGCUGCUGAAACAGUUUGUUGCUGCACUUCUAAUUUAGGUGUGACAUAACAGGAGAGAAUACUUACACCAUCAGUUAUUUUGUAAUUAUAUUUUGUACAUUUAAUUGAGAUGAUUUUUGAUGAGAUCUGGUUCUCCUUUGACGUUUCAGUCCUCUUCUCUGGAUGAGUGCUCCAUGAACCUGUAAUUCCAUCCACUGUGAUUUAAUGAUGUGAAAGAUCAAACUUGAAGCCGAGUGGGGCUCCAUUCUUUUCAUAAGCAGUGAACUGUAUGUGCGGACUGCCAAAAAAGAAUGCCUCCUUGGCUAAAAAGAAUGUGAGGGUCAGGUCUUUGUUGUCUUCAAAUAACAAAUGCAGCACACCAUUAAGUAAUUAAACCAAGCUGUUGGCAGCUGUGGCUAACAGUAGAAAUGUGAGUGUGUGAGUGAGAGAAAUGUCUGCCUAAAUGACUACUACUGCAGUCUGGUUUCUGUAAAAACUUUCAUCCUGAACACAGGAUGUCUUUGGUUAAGGCUGACUGUGGGCCUAAAGUUUCUCUGAUAAAGUGAGGAAUGAAACUAACAUCUUUGUUUUGAUAAGUGAUUUGAAGGAACUAUGACGGUUGAAAUACUACUGUAAAUAGAAAAUGUAAUUAAAGGCAAAAACAAAUAAAUAUUCCUUUUGAAAAGUA